AUGGAGAAAGCAUUCGUUACGACAGAAUAUACAUUAGAGGAAAUGUCAAACAGUUCAUGGAUAGCUGAGUAUGGAGAAAAUAUCAAAGAAUCAAUUUUAUCAAAUUUAAGCGUAUCCAGAAAUAAUAUAUUACACAACACCACUCAAAUUCCACUUUAUGACAAUAGAGGAAAUUAUACGAAUAUGGAGAGACAUCAGAUAACUGAGUACAUUUAUUGGUACAAUCUCCUAAAUGAGCAUUUAAUCAAGCGUUUAUCGCAAAGAAUUGGGCUCUCUGUUGCGAAGCCUGUAUGGAGACAAAUUAUCGCCUAUAAGAAUUUAAUAGAAGCAUUAGAGCAUAUCAGCAUAUCAGCCAUACUCGGCGGUAGCUUUCUUUUAACAGGAUAUUUUCAUCCAUAUGACUAUCGUGAAUUCAUACGAACUCAUUCAUUGUCAUAUGAGCAUUUAAUAUCAGCAAAGCAUUUCCUCCAACGUGACACAAUUUUCGAUCCUCAAAUUGAAGCUGAUCUGAUCAAAUGGUAUAAUAAAAUUUUUCAUAUACAUUUAUCUACAAUAUCGAAUGCGACAAAAUAUGUUGAUCUUUCGACUGAUGUCAGGCAGGGCAUUAUUAGUGAGAAAAUGACAACAGACAAGGAAUAUGGAUUGGUUUAUCUACAUUUUAUGGAUGAAAUUGUAUUGCCUCAAAUUAGAGCUUCGCAACAAGAAAUUAGAAAUGAAAUUAGUAUAACACUGGAUAUGGAUAUGGGUGAUGCCAAAUUUGUGAAAACUACAUCUUUAGUUCUACUUCUAUUAGUAAUAUUUUUAAGUCCUAUUAUAAUCAUAUUAGUUAAAAAUGCAACGACGACAAUUCAAAAUUUUGCGAAUGUUUUAGUUGAAAGAACACAUCAGUUAAAAAAUGAAAAGAAUAAGUCAGAUAGAUUGCUAAGGCAGAUGUUGCCAUCGACUGUUAUACGACAAUUAAAGCAACAACGACAGGUGAUUGCUGAAAGCUUUGAGAGCGUAACAAUAUUUUUCAGUGAUAUCGUUGGUUUUACUUUCAUUUCAUCAAAUUCAUCACCAAUGGAAGUUGUUUCAUUACUGAAUCAACUGUAUCGACUGUUUGACAUUCGGAUACAAAAAUAUGAUGUUUAUAAGGUUGAAACAAUUGGUGAUGCAUAUAUGGUUGUUAGUGGCUUACCAAAGAAAGCACCUGGUCACAAACAUGCCUCUGAGAUUGCAUUUAUGUCUCUAGAUUUAAUAACAAGUGUUUCGAGCUUUUACAUACCACAUCGUCCAUUUGAGAAGCUACAAAUAAGAGUUGGAGUUAAUUCGGGUCCAUGUGUUGCGGGUGUUGUGGGAACAAGUAUGCCACGUUAUUGCCUAUUCGGCGAUACAAUAAAUGUUGCAUCCAGAAUGGAGAAUCGUGGGGAAGCAAUGAAGAUUCACGUGUCAGCAACAACAAAGGAGCUAUUGGAUCAUCAUGGUGGAUUUAUGUUAGAGAAAAGAGGAUCUAUUGAAAUAAAGGUAAAGCUAAUUUUAAAUGGCAAGUGA